AUGGUUGGCUGGCAGACCUCUUCUAUUCGCAGAGCAGCUGAGCUUCCCGUGAUUCCGAAAGCAGCAAUCAGUCCGCUUUAUCGCCACAUCGUGCUCGUCCAGAAUUCUCCUGCUGUUGAAGGCACUAACUUGCCUGAUCCACACUCGUUCACUACUGACCCAUCGAAUGACUUCGAGCUUUAUCACGAGUAUAUGAUUGCCGGAUUGCAACAAGUCUCGUGGAGGAAGGUGGACGUGAACUUUGAGGAGGCUUUUUUGCCAUUUUUCGCCCACAACUACAUCCAUGUGAAAAUGGAGUGGUUGCACUUUGAAGGUGCUGGGGUUAUCAGACAUGUAGCUGACACAAUUCUCGAGCAGCAUUCUGACGCCUUUCUUAGCAAACUGUAA